AUGCCAAUGGGCAUCCUCUCGUCGUCUCCAAUGGCCGGCCAGAAGCGUCCCGCCGCGUCUCUUCUGCCCGCGUUUGAACCGUUGUCUUCAUCGCCAGGCCUCCCACGCCCUGCGAAACGCCAGAACAUGGGAACUGGUGUACGCUCUCGCAUGCAGCUUCCUACUCCCGUGCCUACUUCCAGCACUGGUAUUCUGUCCAGCUCACCGCCUCGCAACCAGCAGAACCAUGUCACGCGACCGCCGUUUGUUCGAACGUCGACCGGCACUGCGAAACGCGAACCUCUAUCAGACUUGCCUACAGUGAUGAUACCCGAGAACGGCGAGUGGUUGACAAUGGGCCGAUCAUCUAACUCGUCAACGUACCAGCUGUCUUCGCACCGCGUCGUUUCUCGCGUGCACAUCAAGGCGCGUUAUAUCCCAGCAUCGGGCUCCGAAACAGCCCGUAUCGAGAUUCACUGCGAAGGGUGGAACGGACUCAAACUCAACUGCCGCGGUCGCACAACAGAGUUGUUGAAGGGUGACAGUUACACAAGCGAGUAUGAGGGAUUCGACAUUCUACUGGACGUGCAGCAAGAGGCGCGGGUCAUGCUUCAGUGGCCAAAGCGGGAAGCAGCUCAGAGCGCACCGUCAGAUGGUUCGAGCUGGGAUGACUCGCCGCCACGCUCGCAGGCGCUCAACCGCGGCGUGAGCGAGUCCCCGUUGCGACGUACCAUGCGCGUACACUCCCCCGCGAGCCCGACGCCACGACACCUGUCUAGCUCCCAGAGACUGCAAGCCUUGUUCCCUCAGCGAGAUUCCUCUGCAGAUGAUGAGGACAUCCAAAUCUACGAGGACGAAGCAGAGGAUGAGCUGCCUCCUGCCGGCGGACCCAUGGAUCUCAACGCCAGCAUGCGCACCGAGGCCACCGUCAGCUUCUCUAGCGACCUCAGUGAGCCCGAGUCCGACGGCGAGAAGGACCCCGAUGAGGAAAACGACCCUAUUGUGCACUCAUUUGGCCCCUUUGGAGCCAACAUCUCUGGUCGAUUCGCUGCCAUCUCCGCCGUGUCUCCCGGAGUCAGGUCGCCCAAGGCUGUCAGAUCUCCUGUGAAGGUGAAUCGCUCGCCUGUCAGGUUCGGUAGCUCGUUCUCCGGUGGCAUCAUUCCCUUUGAGCCGCUGCUGAAGCCUGCAGAGGUCAAGCAGGAGGCUGUGCCAGAGCCCGUGAAGAAGCCAGUCUUGGCUCCUGUCGAUCCCGUCAUUUGCAACCACGUGGUCAACCAGCUCGCGUGGUCCCGCCUUUCGUCAACGCCUCUCUCCACGAUCAUGCGAAACCUACCCGCCGAUUCUCAGGUCGGUCUGCAAAAGGAGGCCCUGCGCAUGUCCAUCGAGUCAAUGCCUGCUAUUGGCAUCAUUCCCCGCCAGGGCAAGGACGCGGCCGGCAAACCUCUCGAGAGCGAGUACUACUACUUGCCGGAGAAAGAUGAGGACGAGGAGCGACGAGCCAUGGUUGUCGAUGGCCUGAGGAAGCCUAGCUUGCGAGCAUGUCGGAAACAACACAAGCAAUACUACUGGAAGCGUCCACGCACGCCGUAG